ACGCGCCAGGCCCCGCCCCCGCCCCCGCCCCCGCCCCCGCCCCCGCCCCCGCCCCGAGGCUCUCACGCCGCCCCCUCCGCCCGGGCUUCCCUCCACCCUCCGCCCGCCCGCCUGCUCGCAGCCGCGCUCUCCCCGCCCCUCACCGCAGCCUGCAGCCGCGCUCACCGCCGCGGUCCGCCCCGGCGCCCCGGGACCCGUUAGUGCCCAGCCCGCGGGCCGACCGCGACCCCAGCCCGGCGCGAGCCUGCCCCCAACCCUGCCGACACUUGACCCAGACCAGUCUCAACGCCCAGUGUGGCCGCCCGGGGAGCCGCGGGAGAGGCGGCGGCGGGGGGAGGAGGGAGAGGAGGGCCGAGCCGGCGGCCCGGGAGGCCCGGUUUUGAAGCCGCUUCUCUGCCCGAGUUAGGUUUCGCCCAGCGCAAUUUCUUUCUCUAUGUACUUUGCGAAUAAGUUUCGGAGCAUCGGUUAACAGCCUAUGGGUGAAAUUUGGCUUUCAUUCAUGAAUGAGAAAUUGUUCUUGACAGAAGUAUUUUAAAAGAAAAAUCUUUACAAUGGCCUCAGCAGUACUUAGUUCUGUUCCCACUACCGCUUCUCGUUUUGCCCUGUUACAAGUGGAUAGUGGCAGUGGUUCUGAUUCAGAACCUGGAAAAGGUAAAGGUCGAAAUACUGGAAAGUCUCAAACUUUAGGAAGCAAGUCAACUACAAAUGAGAAAAAAAGAGAGAAAAGAAGAAAAAAGAAGGAACAGCAACAGAGUGAAGCAAAUGAGCUCAGGAAUCUUGCUUUUAAGAAAAUUCCCCAGAAAUCCUCCCAUGCUGUUUGUAAUGCUCAACAUGAUCUUCCAUUGUCAAACCCAGUACAGAAGGAUUCACGAGAAGAAAAUUGGCAAGAGUGGAGACAAAGAGAUGAGCAGCUGACAUCUGAAAUGUUUGAAGCAGAUCUUGAGAAGGCAUUAUUACUAAGUAAAUUAGAAUAUGAAGAACACAAAAAGGAGUAUGAAAAUGCUGAAAAUACUUCAACUCAGUCCAAAGUUAUGAAUAAAAAAGAUAAAAGAAAGAAUCAUCAGGGAAAAGACAAACCUCUCACAGUAUCACUAAAAGAUUUUCAUUCGGAAGAUCACAUUAGUAAAAAGACUGAGGAAGUGGUUCUGAAAGAUGGAAGAAUUGAAAGACUAAAGUUAGAGCUAGAAAGGAAAGAUGCUGAAAUCCAGAAGCUGAAAAAUGUAAUCACUCAGUGGGAGGCAAAGUAUAAGGAAGUAAAGGCAAGAAAUGCACAAUUAUUGAAAAUGCUUCAGGAAGGUGAAAUGAAAGAUAAGGCAGAAAUACUUCUUCAAGUUGAUGAAUCACAAAGUAUCAAGAAUGAGCUCACUAUUCAGGUGACUUCACUUCAUGCUGCAUUAGAACAAGAAAGAUCUAAAGUGAAAGUAUUACAAGCAGAAUUAGCCAAAUACCAGGGUGGCAGAAAAGGGAAAAGAAACUCUGAAUCCGACCAGUGUAGGUGAUUAAAUUAGCCUUUGAAGUCAACACAAAGUUUAAAACUUUCAGGAUUUUGCAAAAUUGUAUAUAUUUAAUGCCGUGCAACUGCUAAACUAUGCAGUUUUUGUUGAAGGAACUAAAAGCAACUAGCUCACUAAUGGUCUAUAAUUUUAUUUCUUUUGGCUUAAAGUGAAAAAGAAGAAAUAGAGAAUUCCAGCAGAAUUCAGUGGUUAUUGUUUACUAUCCAUACUUCUUAUCACUUUAGUUUUUCAUCAGUCAAUAAAAUUAAUUUACUCUUCCACUAA